AUGUUGAAGAGCAAAAUUCCUCCUAAGUUGAAAGAUCUUGGAAGUUUUACAAUCCCAUGUAUCAUUGGCGGAAAAGAUGUGGGUGGAGCCUUAUGUGACUUGGGAGCUAGUAUUAAUUUAAUGCCCAUGUCUAUUUUCAAGAAGUUGGGAAUUGGAGAAGCAAGGCCAACCACCGUCACUUUGCAAUUAGCCGAUCGUUCCAUGGCCCGUCCAGAAGGAAAAAUUAAAGAUGUCUUGGUGCAAGUUGAUAAGUUUAUUUUUCCAGCCGAUUUCAUCAUUCUUGAUUAUGAGGAGGAUAGAGAAGUUUCUAUGAUUUUGGGAAGGCCAUUCCUUGCUACCGGGAGGACCUUGAUUGAUGUGCAAAAAGGGGAGCUUACUAUGCGGGUGAAUGAUCAACAAGUGACUUUUAAUGUGUUCAAUGCCAUGAGGUUUCCGGAUGAGAUUGAGGAAUGCUCUCGCAUAAGUUUGAUUGAUUCUAUUGUGGCUGAAAAAUUUCUUAAGGAAGCUUCGAAAGAGGAAAAGAUGAUAAGUUCUCUUGAAGAGCUUGAAGCUUUAAGUGAAGAUGAAGAAACCAAAGUUACUUGGGUAGAGUCAAAGAAGCCUUUCACUAAGUUUAGGAAGCCAUUUGAAUCUUUGGAGUUGUCAGAGAACAAUUUCAAGCCUCCUAAGCCUUCCAUUCAAGAACCACCCGAGUUGGAGUUGAAGCCGUUACCUAGUCAUUUGAAGUAUGUUGAUUUGGGAGAUGGAGAGACCUUGCCGGUAAUUAUUUCUGCUAUGUUGGGUGCCUAA